AUGUCUAUUUCCAGUACAGAGAAUUCUACAAUAGCAACCAUCAUUAAUUCCAUGGAUAUGCAGGAGACUAAACCACAAUCAUCAAUUUCAAAUAGUAAUCACCAGAUUAAGGAUGCAACAAUGAAAGACGCAGAAAGUACUGAAGGCUCGUCAAGUGGAGACUCUUUAUCUUCAAGUCACGCAAGUAGCGAUAACGAGGACUUGGGUGAAGAGAGAAAAAGUCGUGAAGAAGAUUCUAGUUCAAGUUUUGCAGCGGCUAGAACAAACUCCCCAUCGCCACAAGAGGGUCCAGCUGAAUCCAUCACUUCAGACGAUUUUUCAAUAACCCGGCGACAUCACACAGGAAGUGUAUCAUCCAGAACGACCGACAUACCAGCAAACAACAUGGUAUCCACGAAUUCCACGGUUCUUGCAAAGCAAACUUUAGUAGAAACGGCACCAACUCAAAAUAACGGGUCACUUGAUUCAAGAAAAAGGAUAUCUCAAACUGGUGGUGCCCCAUCUGAGUCUGAAAAGGGCCCGGCAGAUCCCACAAAGGAUUUGAAUCGCACCAAGGAGAUGCGUACUGAUGAGAUUGACAAAAUUUUCUCACGGUUGAGCAAUGCCACGGCAUCAAACUCCCCAAACGUUGAUAAUUUGCUACUUGAACAUCAAAUUUCUAUUUUGAUAAAAGCGUUGCCGUUGAGCACAGAGGAGUAUGCCAAUCAUUUGAACAAGAUUGCAAAUAUCCUAGUCGAGGAAAAGUUUGAUCCCAAACACACCACAGCUUUGCAUAAUAAAUAUCGAGAGUUGAUGGACAUGGUUGAACAGUUUGUCAAUUUUGCCGACCCAUUAAAAUCACAACUUUAUCUUGUUAUUGAACGCAAUUUCGAAAUCAUGAUGAAAAUCUCCACCAGUUACAAAUCACUUGAAAUUUCGACGCUAACAAUUCGAUUCUUAACAACCGUGUUUAUGAAUUUGAAUUAUUGGGAGUUGUAUAACUUGUUAACCUGGAAGCCAGUCAUUUAUCACUUUUUGAAUCUCAUAGGUUUGGAUAUCCACGAAUGUUAUCAGAGAUUUCUCAAUGACUAUGAAUAUUAUUCGUAUGAUAAAGUUAAGCAACCAUUAGCAUUACCUAGAUCAAGGGCGAGGGCAAGGAAAAGAAAAAUUAGAAAAAUGAUUGAUGACCUGGAAAUGACAGCUGAAGAGAAGGAGCGCACUCAACAGUUCUUUUCCUUAAACCCCGAUACUGCCGAUCACGAUAAAUAUGUUGCUGAUAUCAUUUCCGGAGCCAACAAACAAAAGAGAACUUUCAGACCGGACGUUAAACUAGAACAUCACAAGAUUAUCAAAAAGCCAGUUCAUGCACCUACCUACGACAGGGCGGCAGGAAAAUCAUCCAAUUAUGAUCCUGAUGUUGUCCAUGAGUGUCAGUUGCCAUCAGCUGAAGUACCUCAUAAGCUAUGUUUGAGGAGAUUCUCGAGAAAAUACGAAUUAAUUCGGCAUCAAGAAACUGUACAUUCUAAAAAGAAGAAACUAUUCAAGUGCUUUGUCUGUGUUAAACAAAACCCAGCUGUGGGGCCCAGAAUAUUCACGCGUCAUGACACAUUGGCCAAACAUAUUAGAGUGAAUCAUGAAAUUUUCGGUAAAGAAGCCAAAGCCGAAGUUGCCUACUCAAAGAAGCAUGCUGAAGUAGUUGAGGAAGGUGAUAUAACUGUGCAUGUAGGGAGGCGGAAAACAAAAGUUGAUUUCGAAUUGAGGGCACAUAUGGAAAAAACGGGAAAUGAAUCUUUUGGUGGUUACUUGGAGACUAGCGAUUUAGAAUCUGGAGAUGAAGAGGUUGUGUUUAAUAAUGCCACCCCAGCUUCUUCAUAA